AUGACACAACGUACAGAGUGCACUUUGCAACUGCCGCUAACACCUCCAUCCACUGUACAAAAGAAGCGUACAAACUGUGAUGAGAGGGGGACAGAUAUUGAACCAAGAAGACUGCUUUCUCAGUUGAAGAGUAAGAGUAGAAGAAGGACUCCUUUCCACUGCUUGAAAAAAAAUAGAAUACCGAAGAAUUCAGUACUUGAAAUCGGGAGCGCGUCUAAACCGUCCGAAUCCCAUAAAUUGAAUUACCUUAAAAGCGUAUUGAACGACUGUGAAAAUAUUGUGAUGAUCACCGGUGCUGGAACUUCGACACAUUGCGGUAUCCCAGAUUUUAGAUCGCAAAAAAAUGGGAUGUACACCAAGUGUGCGGCUACUAAGUCUCUAUUCGAUAUGAAUUCGAUAUAUUCAGAUACAGAGCAAAUACAAAGAUUCAAUCAAUUGAUCACAAGUUUACGGGAAUUGUCCUGUAAAAGCACUCCGACUCCCUUCCAUCAAUUCAUUAACAAAUUGGCACAACAAGGUCGUCUAAGAAGAUUGUACACCCAAAACAUCGAUUCUUUAGAGACGAAGUUGCCCUCAUUCUGUGAUUCAGUUCAACUGCCAAGCACAGCACCAUACCCAGUGCUCAUCCAAUUACAUGGCUCAGUACAUUACACCCAAUGUACUAAGUGCAAUCAUGUGACUAGAUUGGACCCCUCAGACUUCCACGAGGGGACAGACAACUCGAAACCUUUGAUCCCCCUGUGUAAGCAUUGUGCCGAGAUUGAAAGAGUACGCGAAAUAGCCGGACUAAGGUUAACAGGUGUUGGGAAACUUAGACCGCGGAUCACACUCUAUAAUGAGCCCCAUCCGGAGGGGGACAUCAUUGCCGAGAUUGCGAAUCUGGACACAAAAACAAAAUCGGUAGACUGUCUCAUGAUCGUGGGGACUAAAUUGGAUAUUAUUGGAGUAAAACAAAUAUGCUCAAAUUUCAACCAUAACCUGCAAAAGAGAAGACAAAUGGGUAAAUUUGUUGUGAUCUUCAUUAGUGACGAACUGCCGGACAGGAAAAUAAUGGAUAUCUUUGGCGAAAGCGGUAUUGAUUUGAUAGUUCAUGGCGAUUGCCAGAGAGUGCCUGAGUUUGCAUGA